AUGAGCAAGCGGUUUUCUGGUUUCAAAGACUCUCUACUUCGUUCACAACAAGAAAAUCUAUGUUAUGAAUGGGAUUACUUCUUACAAGUCGAGUCAACUGUUUGGUUUAAAUAUCUUUGCCAUAAAUUAGACAAAAAAACAGCUACAAAAAAAGCUAGAAAAUACGUUGACAAAAUCAGAAACAACAAUAUUCCUCCGUUGCCUCCAUCUGCUUCUCUGGAAGUUUCUAUUCCUUCCUACACAUAUUGUACAUGGCAUGCGGAUUGCUUGUUUUUAAAAAAUGAUGAUGACAAAAAUAGUUCUAGUUUGAUAUUCCCACCACUAACGCCAAGUCUAAUACGUGGUAAGGGACGGAAACAUGGCAAUCAUAAGAAACAGAAUUCUCUUACAGAAAAAACGAAGGACAUAAAAGAUAAAGAUGACAAAAAUAAUUCUAGUCCACUAUUUACACCAAGUCUGAGACGUGAUCGGGAUAAAAAGCAUAGAUCUGGUAUUUGUAUACCUAGAAUUUUCUGUGAAAAAAAGGUCCCGCAAAAAAUCUGCAACGAACGUUUAUGCAAUUGGUACGUUGAAAAUGAGCGCAUCAUUUUAGAAAAAGAUGGUUGGAUUGCUGUAUCACAACAAGAUGAUGUUUGUGAAAUAUUAAUAUGUCCACACCCAGCUCCAGGAAAUAGUGCCAUGUUUGGCAAAACAGGGAAUCCUAAGCAGUAUAGCAUCCAAAAUUGUGUAGAACUUGAGAGUAAAUAUUUACUAAGUUCUGAAAUGGGAAACGUCCUUCAAGAUAUUGAAAUUAUCAAGGAUGAUGUUAAAACUAUAAAAAACGAUAUCAAUAAUUUAACGUCUGCAAUCAAUAAUCUCACUGAGGCGAUUAAAGCAAAGAGCUGA